UCCGGCCUUGACGCCUCCCGAACAUGGCGACGAGUCAGCAAUGGGUUUUGGUGGAGAUGGUGCAGGCGUUUUACGAGGCACCUGCAUACCAUUUGAUUCUGGAAGGGAUUCUGAUUUUGUGGAUUAUCAGACUAAUAUUUUCCAAGACAUACAAAUUGCAGGAGCGUUCAGACCUCACAGAGAAGGAGAAGGAAGAAUUGAUUGAUGAAUGGCGCCCAGAGCCUCUUGUUCCUCCAGUCUCUAAAGAUCAUCCAGCUCUCAACUAUAAUAUUGUUUCUGGACCCCCAAGUCACAAGAUUGUUGUAAAUGGAAAAGAAUGCAUUAAUUUUGCAUCGUUUAAUUUCCUUGGUCUUCUAGAUAAUGCGAGAGUUAAGAGUGCAGCUCUUGCUUCUCUUAGAAAGUAUGGUGUUGGAACCUGCGGACCAAGGGGAUUUUAUGGUACUUUUGAUGUGCAUUUAGAACUGGAAGAAAGAUUGGCAAAAUUUAUGAAGACCGAAGAAGCUAUAAUUUAUUCCUAUGGGUUUGCAACUGUUGCUAGUGCAAUCCCAGCAUAUUCCAAAAGAGGAGACAUUGUGUUUGCGGAUGAGGCUGCAUGUUUUGCUAUUCAAAAAGGGUUGCAAGCAUCACGAAGCAGUAUCAAGUACUUUAAACACAAUGAUAUGGAUGACUUAGAGAGAUUACUAAAGGAGCAGGAGCUGGAAGAUCAAAAGAAUCCCCGAAAAGCUUGUGUGACAAGGAGAUUUAUUGUUGCAGAAGGAUUGUAUAUGAAUACUGGUGAUAUUUGUCCUCUUCCUAAACUGGUUGAAUUGAAGUAUAAGUACAAAGUGAGGAUAUUUCUAGAAGAGAGCCUCUCUUUUGGCGUUUUGGGGGAACAUGGCCGAGGAGUUACAGAACAUUUUGGAAUAAAUAUUGAUGACAUAGACCUCAUUAGUGCCAAUAUGGAGAAUGCAUUGGCAUCAAUUGGAGGAUUUUGCUGUGGGCGAUCAUUUGUCAUCGAUCACCAGCGACUGUCUGGUCAAGGUUACUGCUUCUCUGCAUCCUUGCCUCCUCUCUUGGCUUCAGCAGCUAUUGAAGGUCUUAACAUCAUGGAGGAAAACUCAGAGGUAUUUCAUGACCUAAGGGUUAAAUGCAAGCGAAUUCAUAAAGCUUUGCAGGGAAUUUCUGGUUUAAAAGUGGUAGGUGAGAGCUUCUCUCCUGCAUUUCACCUGCAACUAGAAAAGAGCACUGGAUGUCGUGAAAAAGAUAUGAAAUUGCUCCAAAAUAUAAUAGAUCAUUGUAUGACCAGGGAAAUUGCAUUGACUCAGGCACGUUAUUUGGAAAAAGAAGAGAAAUUUCUUCCCCCUCCAAGCAUAAGAGUGGUAGUGACGGUGGAGCAGACAGAGGAAGAGCUGGAUACAGCUGCAUCAAUUAUUAAACAAGCUGCAUCAUUGUUCCUGGAUUAAAUGCAUUUUUGGAACCAAUUUGAUUUUCAUAUAUUCAGCUCACAGGUUGCCUUUUCAAACUGGAUACAUUCCAUGUAUAAAGGAAGGAAAGGGCCUGCCAACCUUGCAAAACAUCUUGAGAAAACCAAAAAUUUAAAGGUAACUGUAGUUAUUUUAAAAACCCAUCAACAAACUCAACCCUACCAUGCUGUUUGUCAGUAGUGCAUUACUAUUUGCUGACUCAUGCUGGAAACAGCCAAUCAAAGCAUGUGAAAUCGGAGUCAGUGACUCACAGCAUGAGUGUGUGCAGCAGCCGGAAUAAGGUUAGGUUGAGGAACUCGUGAAGUGUUACACACAUAAACAAGUUGAAAAAAUAAAUACACGUGAAGCAGAUUUAUUUAACAUCUGCUACAUUUUUUACAAUAGCAACAGUUCCACUUUAAAUAUAUAUGGUGCAUGCAAUUAUCUUCAUAUGCACCAAUUUUAUUAAUACACUUUCUUUGUUAUGUCUGUCCUUUUCCCCUUUCUGAUUAGAAGCAAAUUUAAGAUUGUUCUCACCAAACAAUAUUGUAAAACGUAUGCUGCCCCUACAAUGAGAUGAGCCCUAUGUAUAUCAUAAACACGUAUGUACAUGUUUUGUCUCAAAUGCAGAUAUUUCAGGUAUUUAAUCCAUUUCAGACCUGGCUUUGCCUUAGAAGGUCUGCCACAAGUACUGGGGCGUUAGAACGAGAUGCAGCUUUGGUUUACACUAUUAUUAUUCUACCCCUUCCAAUGUCAUUAGUUCACAUAUGUUUCUAGGUACAUGUAAAAAAUUCUAUAAUUGCACUGGAUUUCUGAAAAACAUAUCCAAAGUAGAAAUGUUUAUGCCAUAGAAUGUGCUAUAGAAACAAUAUCCAUUUCUUUUAGAUGCUAUAUUUAGUUUACUAAUUCUAUUAGUCUUAUCCUUGUCUUCUAAGGCAAAGCUAAAAUUUCUUUCAUAUUGCUGACUACUGCAGUAGAGUUUCUUGACAAUAUCAGUAGGCCUAGUUUUAUAUUUAAAAAAAAAAAAGUUAUUUCCUACAGAGAAAAUAUUGUAUCAUUAACAUUUUUUUACGACAUUUAUGAAAGGUUUCUGGUUUUUCUAUAUAAAUGAUUCUGGCACAAAAUAAUUUCUAAUUAAUACUUGGAAUAUUGUAUUGACUACUUCCACAUUGUGCUCAGACAUUAGUGUAUACUGUGAGCAUUUGUGCAGCAGGGUGUCUGUACAGCCUUCCAGAACUUAUGUUCACAAUCCCAGCCCAUUUAUUAUUUUCUGUUUCCUAUUAGCUAGGCAUAAACCCAGGCUAUAAUUUUAGGGUUCAGCCAAAUGGCACUACUAGAGUUUUUGCUGCCUAAUGAACUGAUUUGUAAUUUGCAUAAUAAAUGUACACAAUUAGCCCACAUGACUUAAGUUUAUCAGGGCUCUAUUUGCAUUGCCCAGGUAUCCUCACUUACUGGGGCGACAUGAAAAAUAGAAACGGGCCUAAGGCAAAUUAUUUAUAUGAACCAAAUCAAAUAGAUUUCCUUUUGCUAAGUGAGAACUACUCUGUUUAGUAUGGAAACCAAUGAUAUCUCAAACAUCAGUGUGAAUGAUGGAGGUGGCCUCUUUUCUGCAUUAUUACUGAUUGAAUCUGAGUGAAGAUAAUAGCAACAAAAGGACGGGUGGUUUGCACUCCAAAACAACCAACAGGGGCAACAUGCAGCAUCGCUGUAUUUUUGUUACACACACAUUCCUUUUUUUAGGUGAGCAAUACUAUAUAUAUAUAUACAAAAUAUAGAUACAUGUACACACUAAUGACAGGUGAUUUAACUGUAAAUUACUUUAUCUCAAAAGGUAAUCCUGUUUCACCUAGUUUUUUCCUUUGUAUUUGAACGUUUAUCUGUACUGUACCAGCUUUGGAAUGCUUUUAAAUAUGUGCCUUUUUCUUUUGUUGCUGCUAAACAGAAUAAAAACUUUGUUUAAAUAAAACUUUCUAACUACAA